AUGGGCACCAUCACAAUCAAACAAGCAUCACAAAAUGAGAUUGUGUUAGUGCGCUUACUGUGGGACCAAGCGUACCAGCAACCAAAAAUAAUCAGUCUGCUUGCAGAUGUCGAACGAGCAGGUCUAUGUCGCACGAAGCCGCCUUGCUACGAAUACGUAUAUCACGGUGUUCUUGGUCAAGCGACGAAAUUCGGCUGGAUAUUAUCUGGCAUAGUUAAAGCAAAAGUUACUGGCAAAAUAACGACAGCGGUAACUAAUUUGGAACGAUUUUGGGAAAUCGAAGACAUAUCAACUGAUGAUGAUGUACAAGAAGAUGACACCACCUUGAAGCAGUACGAAGAAACUACCAAAAGAGAUGCAGAUGGCAGAUUUAUUGUGGAAAUUCCAUUCAAAAAAGAUAAAGAAUUAGGAGAAUCACGUAAGAAGGCAGUAGCGCGUCUAAUAUCAAUGGAAAACAGAUUCAAGAGCAACAGUAAACUCAAAGAAGAAUACAGCAAAUUCAUCAAAGAAUAUAUAGACCUUGGCCAUAUGAGAAAAGUUGAUGACAAACAAAAGAGAAUACAAAAUGCAGUAAUAGAAUUGCUGAUAGAUUUAAACCAAGGAAGAAUAAAUCCAACACUUUUGACUCCAACACAAUUACAAACAGAACUGAUGUUAAUAAAGGACAAACUGCCAGCAAAGUUGUUAAUACCUGGACAACAAACCAACACACAACUAAGAGAUGUAUACAAUUUGAUGAAAACACGAGGAUUAAUUGUGGACGAUAAAUUAGUCAUAAAGGCAGAACUACCUUUAAUUCAAAGUGAAUCAUCUGAAAUAUACAAACUAAUAGUAAUUCCACAUGAAUAUAAUGGAAGACUAUUAAAAGCAAAACUAAGAAACGAAUUUUUAGUUUACAACUUUGGACUUAACUCAUAUUUUUUGAUGUCACAAGCAGAAUUAAAUAAAUGUACAAAAAGCCUCAACAACCAUUUAAUAUGCAAAGGAAAAUCCCCAUGGCAACCUGCUUUAGAUCAAACAUGCGAACUUUCAGCGUUGUUAAAAAGCGGACACACCAACUGUAAAUAUGAGGAAGUGACUAAAUCAAUAUUUUGGUCAGAACUCUUUGAAGAAAAUACCUGGAUCUUUAAAGUGUUCAAAAAUUCUACGAUCCAUCUAGACUGUCAAAAGGGCAAAACGCAGAUAUUGGAUAUUCCGGCACAAGGAAUUCUUUCAAUCAAAGCUGGCUGUACUGCAAGAUAUGAAAGUAUCACCUUAAUCGGUAUGCAAAUAUUUAAAAUGCAGAGCGACAUCAAACCGACGUUGGACCCGAUCGUGACAACUAUAAAGGAAAUAGCGGAGGACCAUAUAACUACUCUUCAAAUAAGUAGAAUAGACGACAACGAACAGCAGAGAAAGCUACGAGAAGACAUUGACAAGAUCAGCAACAACGAAUUAAAAUUAAGUGAGUUAAAUUUAAGAAACCAUAGCGGACAUAUAUCUUUAGUGUUAGUAGUAAUUGUAAUACUAUGCCUUUUAAUACUAUAUUUCCGUUAUAAAUGUAAAGCGAAUCAUGCUGAUAGAAUCAUUGUCAAUAUUCCCAACCGGUAGAAUAUUAAUUACAUAAAAAAUACAGUCCACUAAUAAUCAUUUCUUUCCCUCGGCAAUAUGUUCA